AUUCUGAAACGCCAGGUCUUUUAAAAAAUCGAGACAUUUCAGGCCGAACAGUUAACCUUAUAAUAAACCUGAAUCGCUUGCUUAUGGUUUCUCAACUUUCUCGAGGAAAAUUUACAACUCGAGAUUUUGUAAAGAAAUGUAAGCCUAACGAAACAGUAGCUGAACAAAGCAAGGACUUAGAAGCGAUUGUCCGGUUGAUAGAAGCAAGUCAUAUAAAAAAAUUGCAUGAACUUAAAACUACUUUUGAG